UCAACUCGUGUGCAAGCAUUUCAAAUCCCUGCUAUAGGGUUUGCACAGAUUGAAUAAACUUUUGAUUCCUCAAAAAAUGCAGAUUGCCGAAAAUAGGACUGAAUCGACUGAUCAGCUCGUGGAAGCUGAUCAGCACGUAGUGAAUUUCUUAGAUUCCAUGGAUACUUAUCUAAAUCUUAUGGAUUCCUUAUCAUCAACUCUUCGUCAGGGAUGGCUGGAGCUAGCCAGUGCUCGACAUUCAAUGGGUGCUGCUCGUGUCAGCAGCACCUUGUUUGACCUCAAAUCCCAUCAUGCUUCAACAACACUAGAAAUAGAAGAUGUUGACGCCAAUGUAGAGCCACCGCAUUUCAAAUUGUGCAAAUGGGUGGCCUCGGAUGAUUCUGAAAUGAAUAAUGGGGAAGCCAAGCUUGAAACGCCACAAGCUCUGGAUCAGGAACCUCAAGCUAGACGGGCUGAAAGUGGUGAAUCCCCGGUUUCUCCUGAUGAUCACGUCCAACAGGCAAGAUCUAGAUCACUUUCCAUGUUUGGGACACUGGUCUCUCCCAAGCUUCGUGCAACCCAGACAUCAUUUGAGAAAGCUAUGGAGAUGCUGGUGGAGAUAUCAAACGUACGAGCUUCUUUGCUGCAUGCUCACAAUCAAGUGCAGAAAGACGUGAAGGCUGCCAAAUAGUUGUGGCUAGCUUCUAGGAGUAUUUGUUUACUACUAUAAUCCCCCCAUCUAGUAUAGUCCAAGACUAUUGAUCAUUCAUACACACAUGAAGAUUUAGACGUUCACAGAAUCCUACUUUACGCCUUUCGCUCCACCCAUCAUUACCUCAGAUCUGUGAUUUAGCAAGAAUGAAAUCCCUUCGACGAGCAGCAAAUGAUGGAUAGCAUAUAAAGAACAUGCUCGUUUGUUCAAGGUGGUUCAAAAGUUGCUAUGCUGUGAGGUAACAUAACUUUUUAUUUUAUAGUAACUCUUCAUUGUUCGGAGAGUCAUGUCGUUUCCACGGACAAGGUAAGAGAUUCCUGACUGCCUGUGUAUCCAUAUGGAAAAGCACAAACUUAUGCAAAAGGAGUGAUGAUGGGCUUUACCAGUAAGAAGUAGUAGUAUUCUACAUCUUUUUGCUGUGAAUGUCUUUUCUGGUUGUAGCAAGUUUCAGUUGCAGUGGAUCUAUUGGUAUUCCUAAGACAAGAUGUGAAAUCCUAUUUUAGUCUGAUAUGUUUGUUAUCUGUUGAGGGUAUUUGGUACGUAAGAAAUAAAGCCUUGAUUUCGUAGUUAUGGUGUUUGGUACAGUAAG